GAAACGCUUAUGGCGACUUCAGUCUGUAAGGUUUCAGUCAGUUGUGCUGCGGAUCAAUUUGAGCUGGACGUGUGCUAGGCUGUCUUGUAUUAUCCAGGUUGAAAAGGUCGAAUAAAUUCCAAUAUGACUAUGAAACUGGCAUACUGGGAUAUUAGAGGGCUAGCCCAGCCCAUUCGUCUGCUGUUAGAGUACACUGGUACGAAGUAUGAAGAUAAAUUCUACUCUUGCGGUGAAGCUCCCAAUUAUGACAAGAGCUGCUGGUUUGAUGAAAAGUUCAAACUUGGAAUGGACUUUCCCAAUCUUCCCUACCUGGAAGACGGAGACAGGAAGAUCGUCCAGAGCAACGCCAUCAUGCGCUACAUCGCCCGCAAGCACAACUUGUGUGGCGAGACCGAGGACGAGAAGGUCCGAGUUGACAUCAUGGAGAACCAGGCCAUGGACUUCCGCAACGGCUUCGUCAUGCUCUGCUACAGGGACUUAGACAAAAUGAAGCCUGGCUACCUGGAGACGCUUCCUGGCACGCUGAAACAGUUCUCUGGCUUCCUGGGAGACAGGAAGUGGUUUGCAGGCAAUAAGAUCACCUUUGUGGACUUCAUCAUGUACGAACUGCUGGACCAGCACCGCAUGUUCGAGCCCAAGUGCCUGGACGACUUCAAGAACCUGAAAGAGUUCCUGGACCGCUUUGAGGGCCUGGAGAAGAUUGCAGCUUAUAUGAAGUCCAAGAAAUUCAUCAAGACUCCCGUGAACAACAAAAUGGCAAAGUGGGGUAACAAAAAAGAGUAAGAGCCGCAGAUGUGAGGUAGAAUGCGUUAUGCAACCCUACAAACCAGUUUGGCAAUCAGUCUAAGACUUAGUGGGCAGUAAUGUAGUUCCUUUUAAAUGAAUAGAUUCAAGCCACAAGUAGUUAAUAAGAAAGUUGUAGGUAAAUCAGCCCAAAGUAACGAAUAUCAUGUAGCAUUGACAGUACUGGCACUUUAUUUCCAAAUCUGUAGUACAUUCAAGAGCCCCAGUUCAGAAGUUGUCUAUACUGUGAAAUAGAGAUUCACUGUUUCCUGGUUUAGGCGCAAAGGAUCAUUUGGGCUGAGUUAACGAUCCCCAAACAAUCAAGCACUUAAUUUGUUACUUUUUUAAAAUUAAUUUUGUUUUAUGACUAAAGUGAGGCAAAAUGGGUUUUUAGUAAAAAGUUCAUUUUUGGUUAAUAAAAAUAUGUGUUUGCCA